UCCCUUCAUCUUGAAAGAAGAUCUGUGUAAAAAAGAGAAUCUCUUCACCCCAGAGAACAUCCUAUCUCCAAAUCUCUCACAAAGUGCAGGGCUCUAUACAACACAAAAACCCACCAUCCAGGAGAACAUCCCAUCUCUUAACAUCUCACAAUGUGCAGGCCUCCGUACAACACAAAAACCCACCAUCCAGGAGAACAUCCCAUCUCUUAACAUCUCACAAUGUGCAGGCCUCCGUACAACACAAAAACCCACCAUCCAGGAGAACAUCCCAUCUCUUAACAUCUCACAAUGUGCAGGCCUCCGUACAACACAAAAACCCACCAUCCAGGAGAACAUCCCAUCUCUUAACAUCUCACAAUGUGCAGGCCUCCGUACAACACAAAAAUCCACCAUUAAUGUCCAGACCUCUGUACAACACAAAAACCCACCAUUAAUGUCCAGACCUCUUUACAAUACAAAAGCCCACCAUCCAGGAGAACAUCCCAUCUCUUAA